UUUAGUAUAUAGUAACAUUCAAAUUUACUCAUAUGGCUUUCAAUCACGGUUGAUUUUUGCCCUUCAGAAGGAAAAAGUUUGGGCCCCUCGGAUCUAUAUUUAGUUUCUAAUCAGUGUAAUUAGUUUAUAUCGAAUGCGUAUACAGAAUGUGAAAGUGCGCAUGCGCGCCAUGGCGGCGCUGCUAUUCCGGGGUUUACGGUAGAAACGGCAGCUGAAGUUCGCCUACGUCGCGCGUGAGAGAGCGCGCUGCCUCCUGCCUCCUGCCUGGGUGUAGCGAUGGAAGUCCCAAAGUUGGAGGACUCCGGGAAUGUCCGUGGUUCCUGCUGAUGUUAGACGGAUAGAAGCUCCUUCUUAUCUCUUCCCAUACAUCAUCUACAGGUCAGUACAUCAUGGCAAGCAACGCAGCUAAGCAGUUUUCUCAUGAAGAUGAUUGUCAGUGUUGUUUAACUGAAGAUCAGCUCGACUCUAUCAGAAACAACAAUGACGAACGUGAGUUCUUUGUGGUGCAUUACCUGGACGACCUAAAGGAAAGGGGCGUGUCUCCGAUGCUCAAUAACACGCCAAUCACCUGCAGAGUGGAGAACACUGAGAGAUAUACCACUCGCUCCAAGGUACGCGUUUGUUCUCUGUAUACAGUGCGUCUGACUCAUGGUGAAUUCACCUGGACCAUUAAGAAGAAGUAUAAACAUUUCACAGACCUGCACAGAGAUCUGUACAAGCACAAGAUGAUGCUGCAGUUCCUCCCACUCGGGAGGUUUGCCAUUCAGCGGCAGCAGCUGGAGAGCAUGACUGAGGAGAUGCCCUCACUGCACGGCACAGAGAGAAUGGGCCGGACAUCCAGCAAACCGAAAUACCUCGAAGAGUACCUUAACAGCCUUCUGGACAACUCUUUCUGCAAGAACUACAGUGGCAUGCUGGAGUUCCUCAGCAUCAGCCCGCUCUCCUUCAUCAAAGAUCUUGGACCCAAAGGCUUGGAGGGGUUUAUUUUGAAGAGGUCAGGAGGUCACCGGAUCCAUGGCUUCAAAUGCUUCGGCCACCAUCAGUUGUGUUUCCGCUGGUCUCAACGCUGGCUUGUUGUCAAGGACUCGUUUCUGCUCUACAUGUCCAGAGAUCGGGGUCUGGUGUCCUUCGUGCUCCUCUUUGACCCCUGUAUGCAGGUUCUGGUGGAUCGCAGGCAGACUGCCACAAAGCACGGCGUGUGCAUCAAGAGUGUCGGCAGGACGCUGUUUAUUAAGUGCAAUAGCUACAGGCAGGCCCAGUGGUGGAGUCAUGAGAUACGACGUCUGUCUGAACACUGUGAUUUUCUCCAAACUCACCGCUUCGGAAGCUUCGCCCCGCCCAGACCCGACUCUCUCACCAAAUGGUACGUGAACGGGAGCGGAUAUUUCUCCGACCUGGCAGACGCACUGGAGAAGGCGAAGGAGGAGAUCUUCAUCACCGAUUGGUGGUUAAGUCCUGAAGUGUACCUGAAGCGUCCUGCCCAGGGGACGUACUGGCGGCUGGACCAGAUCCUCAAGCGCAAAGCGGAGCAAGGUGUGAAGGUGUGUGUGCUGCUGUUUAAAGAGUUAGAAAUGGCUCUGGGUAUUAACAGCGACUACAGUAAGAGAAAGCUCCAUAGUCUCCAUUCGAAUAUCAAGGUGAUGCGUCAUCCCGAUCACGUGGCUUCCCGCGUCUUGCUGUGGGCGCAUCAUGAAAAGAUGGUGGCCAUCGACCAAUCGGUGGCCUUCAUAGGCGGGCUGGACCUUGCCUUCGGAAGAUGGGACGACAGCAGCUACAGGUUGUUCGAUGUCAUGGAACCGCAAGCAGCCAAUCACAACGCACGACCAGUUCCUGAGGUUCUCUCUCAGACUGAAGGAGAGGAUGCAGUUAAUGUUCCUCUCAAGAGCCAAGCAUCUGGUGAAGCUUAUGACGAGGUGGAUUUGACCUGCAACAAUCUCUUAUGGUUGGGGAAGGACUAUAGCAACUUCAUCAAGAAGGACUGGACACAACUGGACCAGCCGUUCCAAGAUAAUGUGGACCGGGCACACGUACCUCGUAUCCCAUGGCGUGACCUAGGAGCCGUGGUUCAUGGAAAGGCAGCCAGAGAUCUGGCACGCCAUUUCAUCCAGCGCUGGAACUUCACCAAGAACUUUAAGAUAAAGUACAAACACAAGUUUUACCCGUACCUUCUGCCCAAGAGUCACACUACAGCCAAUGAGCUUCCCUUCAUCGUGCCUGGAACAGCCAAAGCAUCUGUACAGGUGCUUCGCUCAGCGGAUUCAUGGUCGGUUGGAAUAUGUGAACUUUCCAUCCAAGACGCUUACGUUGACAUCAUUGAGAAGAGCCAGCACUAUAUUUACAUAGAGAAUCAGUUCUUCAUCAGCUGUGCUGAAGCUAAUUCUGUUCAAAACAGAAUCGGAGACGCGAUUGUCAACAGGAUCCUGCGUGCACACAGUGAGAAACAGAAAUACAAAGUGUUUGUGGUUAUUCCUCUCCUCCCUGGAUUUGAGGGAGACAUCAGUGAGGGUGGAGGCAUCGCCAUGCAGGCUAUACUGCACUUUACCUACAGGACAAUCAAUCGAGGAAAGUGCUCAAUUCUCUACCGACUGAAGGAACAGAUGCAGGACGAAUGGGCGCAGUACAUCUCCCUGUGUGGCGUGCGCACUCACGCCGAGCUCAACCACACGCCCAUCACUGAGCUCAUCUACGUCCACAGCAAGGCGCUGAUCGCCGAUGACCGCCGCUACAUCAUCGGUUCCGCCAACAUCAACGACAGGAGCAUGACAAAAGAACGGGACAGCGAGCUGGCCGUGUUGGUGGAGGACGAGGACAGGGUUCCGUCCCGAAUGAAUGGAGAGGAGUACGAAGCUGGACCUCUAGCGCUUGCUCUGCGCAAGGAAUGCUUCAGGGUUCUGCUGGGGUCCGACUCCGACCCCUCGAUCGAUAUUGAUGAUCCAGUCAGCGAUCAAUUCUUCAAGGACGUGUGGAAUAAAAUCGCCAAAUCAAAUGCUUCCAUCUAUGAGAGGGUUUUCCGGUGCCUUCCGUCGGACUCGAUUCAUAAUCUGCGCGACCUGCAGGAGCACGUGAGCGUGGCCACGCUGGCCCAGAGCGACCCGGAGAAGGCCUGCGAAGAGCUGCGCGCCAUCCGUGGCAUCCUCGUCCACUUCCCCCUGCACUUCCUGUGCGAGGAGAACCUGCUUCCUCCGGCUGGCAGCAAAGAGGGGAUGAUUUCUCUGGACGUCUGGACAUAGUGGUGGAAUGAGGACAAAACCAAGACUGUAAUCCUGGACACUGAUUUGCCCCCUGUAGUCGCGUUUUUUGGCUAGAAAGUGGACCAAAGUGUUUCCUGUGUGUGGUCAUGUGACUGAGGAUCUGUCUCAGUGGAGGGAAAACGGUUCUUCGGAUCAAAAGUGUACUGACUCAGUGACUCUGUGAAGAAGGGAGCGAGAGGAAGUGUGCAAGCUCUUGCAAUGGAUUUUGUUCUAAAUGAGAGCUGAUGUGGAUGUGUAAAAUGGUGGUGUGUGUGUGUGUGUGUGUGUGUGUGUGUGUGUGUGUGUGUGUGUGUGUGUACGAGAGUCUGUCUGGAGACUGUUUAUGGAUGAAGCGAUCAGGACAGAGCGUUCAUUUCGUGUUGCAGAGGCGUGUAGGCGGACUGCACCACUUUCUCAACCUCUUUUCCUAUAGAUCUUCUUUUCUCUCUCUCUCUCUCUCUCUCUCUCUCUCUCUCUCUCUCUCUCUCUUACUCACUCUGGUGCUACACCCCUCGGUGCGAUGCCAGCAGAUCUGCACGGACAUUUGUGGUUGUUAUGGUGACAGGUAAAAAAAAAAAAAAAAAAGCGCUUACUGCGAAAGAGCGAAGGAAACGAGAGAGGAAGUGGAGAUAAUUGGAGGGAAGAGAAUUUGAAGGGAAGGGAAUUUAUGUUUUUAAAAGCAUUUAAAAUGGCGAUCGAGGAAAGAGGGAAGAGAGGGAAAGAGAGAUGGAGGGAUCGUUUAUAAGAGGUGUGCAGGGGAAGUAAAGAUGUGCCUGAGCCCUGCGAUUAUUUCCCUCCCCCUCGGGAGAGAUGGUUAUGUAAUAGAGUUGUUCUCCAACUUGAUGAUUGUUUGGAGGAGGAGGAAAAAUGCAAGGGAAAUAACGUGCAGAGGUGGAGAUUAAGUGGAUGGAGAUCCCUUUAUACGGUUUCUUUCCUUCAUUUUUUUCUUCGUGUGAAUCUAUAGUUUUUUUUAGAUAGUAUAGUACAAAACACCUGAACAUGCUCGACAGUCACGAUAUAGUAGACCAUUCAUGGAUAGCAGAUAGAAGUGAGAGCUCAUUGGUUUUGACUUCUGAAAGGAAGGUGGUGAGUUUAAAUCCCAGCACCACCAAAUGCCCCUGAUUGGCCCCUGAGCAAGGCCCUUAACCCCCAACUGCUCAGCUGAGUGUCUACCAAAUCCAAUAAAUGUAAAUACUACUGGACUGUAAAGACUACUGCAUAGCCAACAUUCCAUCAACUCCAACAAUUGGAUUUGGAGUUGGAAUUGGAAAAAAAGGAUGUUAGAUUUUUGUACAUUUCGAUCAUUUUGCACUUCUACUUCUCCUUCAGAUUGUCCGUCCGAUCAAAAGCACUAUAGAACAGAAAGUGUUGCACCUCCAAUGUUAUAAAUAUCACUUGAGCGAGAGAAAUCAAAUCGUCGAGCAUGAGUAUAAACGUUUUUGUUUAUUUUUUUUUUUAUUUUUUUUAGAAUUCAUCAAUUUUAUUGCGUCACUCAUAAGAAAUACACUGUCUAGACAAAAGUAGUGGGACUUUUUCACCCUUAGGUGGUUCUGCCCCAAAAUUUUACCACAGAGAUGGAGGCACACGGUGGUAUAAAACGUCUUUGGAUGCAGAAGCAUGAAAUUUUCCCUUCACUUGAACUUGGAAACACAAAUUUGUUUCAGUAUGACUAUGCCCUUGUGCACCAAGCCGGCUCCAUGAAGAUAUUCUUUACAUGGGUUGGAUGUGUGUAGAAGAUCUCCUGCUAUAGAGCUCCAACCCUAUUGGGAUAAAUGUAAUCAGGACCUGAAUUUAACCAGUACCCCUGUGGCUGAUUAAGCAAAAUUCUCCACAAAAUCUAGUGGAACAUCUUUCCAAUACAUACCAGUCUUAUGGUCAGGUGUCCACAAUCUAUAGUCCGUAUUGGUUAUUCUGAGGUAAACUUGGCGCUAUUGGCUAUUUAAAAGGUGGGAGGAGCCACAGGAUGUCCCGCCUUUGAAAAAUAAAUGACAAUACUAUGACAAUAGACAAUAAGUGAUGCCACUAUCAGUGGUCACCGUGCUUUCAGAGAGAACCAGGACCAACUAAUUGUUUGUUUGACAACAUCACAGGCAUUGUACAAACAAAAAAAUAUGAAUAAUAUCAAACAUUUGCACUACACAUCUGUAUCCCGAGAACGAUUAUGUACUCGAGUGAUGUAGCUGAGGUUGAACUGCCUCACCUGCUGAUCUGGGGUUUUUAUUCCAGUGUUUCUAGUUUAGGCCACACCCACUCCUGGUGUAAAAACCCGCAGCUUAGAUACAGAUACAGGUUCAGAUUGUAUCAUUGUGCUACACUUUUUUCUAACGCUAACUAUGGAAAUACUAAUACUGAUACUAAAACAGCUCAUAAGUCGUCUUGGGAUUUGACCGACACAUCGUGGGUACCAAUAAACUAACCAGCAAUUUCAUUAGUACCCCAUAUACUACGUCACAUCGGGAUCUUAAAUCCAUGCCAAAGGAAAAAAGUUUUUUCUAGAUCACAUUCCAUUAUUUCUGACAUUCCAUUUCUUUAUUUCGUAUAAUAACACUCAAUUAACAUUCCAGAACUUCCAAUUUUGUGUUAUUGACACAUUAUUUAUCAUUUACUAGUGAUUAUUUUUAGGGGUUUCAUCUGUCACUUAUUUAAAAAAAAUAUAUAUAUAUAUAUUUAUAUAUAUAUAUAUAUAUAUAUAUAUAGUUGAUUAGUGCAAUACUUGUUUACUUUUCCUGGAAAUCUCGAUCUGAUUUUGUUUUCUAUGGCAUGUUUAAUGUCGGUAUAUUUUUCUAUACUGUGUUCUUCCUUCUUUUUCCUCGAAAUGGUGGCUAUUUUUUUAGCAGAAUCCUAUGCAGAUUCUAACAUAAGGUUCUUAAUCGUACUUUGCACCUCAACGAUAAUCAUAUACACUUCCGGACAUUUGUAUGUGUUGAUUUUUUUCCCUCCAAGCUAGCUAACUGACUACCUGACCAACUAGCUGAUGCUAGCCUAGGAAAAAUGUUCAAAAUAAAAUAAUGUCUUUCCAAAA